UUAUCAGAGAAUAUGUGGACGUUUUUAAUGUAUCAUUUCUCAUGAGAGCAAUGGGAUAUUUUCCCUCUGAAAUAGAAUUGUCUACUAUGCUAUACGAAAUGUUCAGUAGACCAGGCCAUCCUACCACAAUGUCAUUCGAAGAGUUUGUUAUUUUGUAUCUGAAUUAUAAGCCACGAUUACAAAUUAAAUGUCAAGAAGUCCGUCUAGCGUUCAACAAACUAAUAGAAAAUGACCAAUUUGUAAAUGCUUACGGAGAAAACAAGAUUUUGACCAGGGAAUCGUUUGUACACAUGAUGAAAAAUAUAGGUGAAAAAAUUAAUCCUCGUGAAUUAGAAAUUAUUUUGAACACAUUGCUAAAAACCACCAAAGAUAUAUCGUCAAGUUCAAGUGAAAACUCUCAUUUGGUUCACUUGUCAUUACCAUUCACAUACACUUUUGACGAAAUUUUCUCGGAUUUAUUAGGAUUCCAAAUCAAAGAUGAAUGAAUAAAG